GGGGCAGAAACAAGAAGUGGUUUGAAACGUACCGCCCACGCAUGUUGGUGCGAAGAGUUUUUCAGACCAACGGCGGUAGCAGGCUGCUGUUGGUUGCUCUGACGGAGCCCCAAGAAGGAGAAGCAGAAGCGCAUGCUGCAAUAUGAGAGGAGCCUUGUCAGCCUUUCUUUUCCUGUUGGUGCUCAUGCUGUCUGUGGCCGACUUCGAUUCCUACAAUGGCAGCGGAACAAGUUCCUCCGGACUUCCUUCUUUCAUCUCUUCCUUGUAACCAUGUCUGCCCCUGCUCCCACUGAUUCUUCUCCAGCACCCAUGCCUGUCCCUCCCACUGACUUUGCCCCAGCACUGAUGCCUGCGCCUCCCAUCGAGUCUGCCCCUGCAACGCCCAACGCCACACUCAGCACCGUCUCGAAUGCUUUAGUGAUUACAAGGAAGAAGAGAGGCAGAGGUGUUGAGACGAGCAGGUUGGAGAAAUUGGAGGAGGGUCUUGCCAGGUCGAGGGCGACCAUUAGAAGGGCUGUUCUGGCGAGAAACUACAUUUCUCAGAAGCGCCAGUGCCUCAUGCCGAAGGGGGCCAUAUACCACAAUUCUUAUGCAUUUCAUCAGAGCUACAUAGAGAUGGAGAAGAGGCUGAAGAUAUGGAUCUACAGGGAAGGGGAGCCGCCCAUUUUCCAUGACGGGUCUAGCAUGAGAGUGUACUCGAUUGAGGGCCAUUUCAUCCAAGAGAUGGACAAGCAGAGGCUGCCCUUUUAUCACCAGUGAUCCAGAGCAGGCCUUGCUCUACUUCCUCCCUUUCAGUGUUCAAAGAAUGAGAAGGUUUGUCGCCUCCAAGGCCGGCGUUGUGGAUCUUCACCGAAUGUGAGCAGUCAUCAGAAUCUCCACCACAUUCCUUCAGUUUUUCUUUACUUCUUAACCCGUUAUUCGAAGCCUUUGUGGAAAGCACAUUUGCACCAGCCAUUAUUCCUCACAUCAACUAGCUGUAAACAGUGAUUGGAAGCAGCAAGUUUGCAUGUGCUAAUUCCAAUGCCACAUUCUACAAACUAUACAAUA